ACAUUCCCAUAAUGCUGCAGUGUCCUACUUUCAGUUUCUACUUUCUUUUUGGAAUACACGCAAGUUAGUGUCAUACUGACUACUGAACAGGGCUCAGCACAGUUACACCAAUUUGUUAUAAUGGCGUUAGCCUGUCAACAGAACAGUUAUUUAAGAGAGUUUGAUACAAAAGUAAAGAGCUGUACUGCAGGUGAGUUAAAGGUAACUCAGAAUGGAAAGAAGGAAGUUCUGAAAGGUUAUGAAGUGAUUCUAGAAGAUACAGUUCUGUUCCCAGAAGGAGGUGGUCAGCCAGAUGACAGAGGCACAAUAAAUGAUGUUCCGGUGUUACGUAUAACAAGACGUGGAACAGACGCUGUCAACUUUGUCACCAGUGAGAUACCACCUGGUACGGACGUACAUCUCGUUGUUGAUUGGACAAGAAGGUUUGAUCACAUGCAGCAACAUUCCGGCCAGCAUCUCAUCACGGCUAUAGCAGAAAACGUGUAUGGAUAUAAAACUACAACAUGGAAUCUUGGAGACAAAGUGUCGUUCAUUGAACUUGACACUCCAAAAAUGACAGCUGAAGAAAUGGUCAAUCUUGAAUGUAUCUUAAAUGAGAAAAUACGUGAGGGUGUAAAAGUUUACCCGACAUUGUAUCACGACAAGGAUGAUCCGGAACUAGCAAAGGCGAGAUGUCGUGGUCUACCGGACGACCACGAAGGAGCUGUACGUGUUCUCACAAUAGAUGGAAUAGAUUCCUGUUUAUGUUGUGGAACUCAUGUCUCUAAUGCUUCUGAUUUACAGAUGAUAAAAUUGCUGUCAACAGAGAAAGGAAAGAGGAAGAAUUCUACAAAUCUCAACUUUGUAUGUGGGAAGCGUGUCUUAGACUACUUAAGUAGAUGUUAUGAUGUGGAAAAGUCACUUACAGCUCUUUUAAAAGGACCAUUAGAACAGCAUUAUGAACUUACUGAGAAAGCUGUGAAGGGGUCAAAGAAUUCUCAAAAGACAAUACAAACAUUAUUGAGAGAUUUAGCCACACUUGAGGCAGAGAAGUUCAAGUCUCAACAGACAAAACCUCCAUACUUUAUAUAUCACAGAAAAGAAGGGGACCUAGAUUUUUUGAACACACUCUUAAAAGAGAUUGGGGAUGAGACUGUGUUAUGUCUGUUAACGGCUGGGGAAGACAAGGGAACAGGUUUUGUUAUGAUGUCUGGUCCAGAAACAAUUGUCAAAGAUCUUGGUCCAAAAGUGAUGGAAGUGUUCGAAGGGAAAGGUGGUUACAGUAAAGGAAGAUUUCAAGGAAAGGCAAAUAAAUUACAGAACAGAACAAAGGCUGCCAAGCUGGUGCAGGAAUAUCAACAAGGAGACUUGCAGCAGACAACAAAUGAGUCUUGAUGAUGUUUUGUUGUUAUAGACAAUUAAGUUUUUAUUACAGACACAUAGACAUCCAUGUUAAAUCAAAAAAAGUAUUUCUUGUGGAUGAAAUAGAUUCUCUGUAUAACACUCUUUCCUAAUUUAAAAUAUAUUUAUUAAUUUUGUUUAACACAAAGGUCAGGUAAUUUGAAUUUCAUAGAAUAUGAAAAUUAUGUUGAACAUUAAUUUUAGUUAGGUCAUUAAUUUAAGCAUAUUUCACAACAACAAGGGCGGUCCUUUGCCCAUGUAGUUAUUGGUUAAUUUUUGUUUUUAACAAAAUUAACAGUCUUCCUAUUUCUAUCAAACACCUUUCAAAUUUGAUUUCAAUUAUUUCACUUUCAACAUGCUUGUUUAUCUA